UUAAUCUCUCUGUUGAUCGGAGUAACUUCAGCCGGGAAUCCUUUCGUUCCCGAGGAGCUCCGGAGAAACUAUCGGCUACUUCGCACUCAUUUCAUACACGGCGUCCCUCCCGGUCAGCUCAAUACCACCAAAGAUCGCGAGCCAGCUGCGGAGCCUACGGGUCUCUAGUGCUUGAUUUCCGAACGAUGGCCAAUCAGGAUGAUCUUCGUUUCCUUCGUCCGAAUUCGAGGGUGCUGUCUACUCCGACCGCAUCUCCGCGUUCGUCUUACGAAGGGAAACUGAGAGCCUGCUACGAAGAAUUGGCGAAACGGAUUAAAUCAAGGAAUGUCGAAUUUGAAGUAUUCUACUGGCACUUCGUUGGGAAAUUUGGAGACCAUGGUAACGGCGCUGACAAAAACCUGUUGGGCGCGCAAGACCAAGCGGGUCUUUUGGAAGCCCUGCUUCUCACAUUCACUGUGGAAAUCCGGGAUGGAUACACCUACCUCCAUCUCUCUCGGCCAUCGAGGAUGGACUCCCUCGGGAUCCCUCAGAAACCUUUAGAGAAGGGUUCCGAUGUGAACAUCCGCGUGACGGAAUGCUUCCGCGAAAGAGAGUUCAUCCGAGUUAACUUCCACUUGAAAGAAAACGAAGCCGAGCUCUCACGGAUACAAACCUUCAUGAACCUCCGCGGACUCGGAGGUUCUGUGUCUUGCUCUAAAGGCCGUAUCUGCGCGGCCCCCUACAUGGGUCCCGACGAGGUUCGGGACGGCGAAACUCCCGUUUAUGCCCGAGCGGUCCUGCUGGACCACUCCAGAAAGGACCGUAAGUGCGUGCGCGUGCGCUACAUCGAUUUCGGUAGUAUUGAUUUCGUGGAAAGAGCUGCCCUGCGCAAUAUCAAAGCGGAAUUCCUGAAAACCCCGGCACUCGCGCUCAAAGGCGUCGUUAUCAACAGCGCGAUAUCCUCGGCCGAUCGGCAAAGUCAGGCAACCCGCAUGCGGGAUGCUGACGAGAUCAGCGUGCGGGUCCUAAAGUAUGACAGGAAACUGUACCAAUUGUACGUGCAUCCUACGCACGACUAAAGCGAUGAAAUAACUCACUCCGAGGCUUCCUGGCGGGGUAAAUGUCGAGAAACGCGAAGAUUCGUGUUGAGGUCUCCCAUAAUUUCUCGUCCGGAUAAGGUGUGUCCAUGUGUUCUUCUUGAUCAUCAUGGCAUGAUGAAACCAGCUUCGGGCAUCAGUUGACGGCUAUGAAAGGUGUGUCAAGGAUUUCAUGUGGUUUUUCGAGCGUCUUGUUCGAAGCAUGACUUUCUUGAGGGAACGAGGCGACGUUGAUGGAGCUUGUCUUGUAUUACUACUACUGACUGAGAUAUAAUUGUUGGUAUUCAUAUACAACUCUCUGAUUCAGCUCGACUGCGAUGUAUUAUCUCCGUUUUCCGAGCUGGACUUCGCGCCUCAUACUUAAUAUUAGUCAUAGCCUGCUCCCUUGAGCAGCUGAUGUUUCGAAGUUCACAGGAUUUAAGUUUCUCUAUGGAUUGUCUAGAGAAACUUCGGAGUGUGAAUCGGAAGGUGGAGUUUGCGCUGCCCCUCAUUCGAUGUUUCUACGGAUCGACCAUGAGGGUCUAAUCCUGUGUGUUGCGACGAUACUUUACGCGAGAUGUUCCUUUAUUUACCGGCGAUGAAGCGUCAAUUUCUUCGGGGUCUUUGUCGAUUGAUUCCUUCGCUCCCGCGGGGGUUAUUGUACGACUAAGAAUAGGUCGUCGUGCGAUCGGUGUCGAUUUCCAUCCUCGAGCAGGGCAUGGGAUCUGAGUCGUUCUCGAUUGUACGGGCUGCACUGUUUGCAGACGGAUAGUGAUGUAUUCUACAUGUCGAUUGAGAGCGUCCGACCUGGUCGGCACUCCGCGUUGAGAUGGAAGCAAUGAAUCAUUACAGGGGUAUCGAAGGAAUCCACUUUUGUGAGAAACUCAUAUUGAACACGGGGGGGAUGGCUCUGGAAGAGAGCUCAAAGAGAAAGAUCGAAACUCGAUCUACGAUCUCGCGUAGCUGCAGUUCCACAGACUCCCGCCCAGGAUAUAUUUUUCGUUGUGAGGAAUAAAUUAUAUA